AUGGCCAACCCGACCAUUUGGCCUUUCUCGAAUGUGUUCAAGGACUACUAUAAAUCAUUUGCCAGACCCCUGCCGAACCCCCAGGAUCCUAAAGAUCCGACCAAGGGCCUUAAGGUUGACGCCAUCUUUGUUUACAAUGACCCGCGUGACUGGGCUCUGGAUGCGCAAAUAAUUAUGGAUUUCCUACUUUCGUCUCAGGGUGUCCUUGGUACUCUCUCAGAGAAGAACGGACGGUCUGACUUGCCGAACCGGGGUUACCAGCAAGAUGGUCAGCCACCUCUCUACUUCUCGAAUCCCGAUCUGUGGUGGGCUGCAGCCUACCAUCUCCCGCGUCUCGGCCAGGGUGGAUUCCGGGAAGCGCUGGAAGGUACUUGGGCUGCGACGACUGGUGGCCCGAGCAAAGGCGUUGAGCUGAAGAAAAUAGUUAUCGGGAAACCGUACCAGGGAACUUAUGAAUUUGCAGAGAAUCAGCUUUUACGGAACCGUUCCCGCGUUUUUGGCGCAGAGGCUAACAUACCUCUACGAAACGUAUACAUGAUCGGAGACAACCCAGAAUCCGAUAUCCAGGGCGCCAAUACAUAUAGGAGCCCUUAUGGCAGCAAUUGGCAUUCGCUUCUCGUGCGGACUGGAGUCUACAGUGGAGGGGAACCUACAUGGACACCGGAGUCCAUCCACGACAAUGUGAAGAAGGCUGUUGAAUAUGGCUUGAAAUCCUCUCAGUGGUAG